AUGUCAACAAGAGCAGUCUCUGUUGCAGAAAAUGCCGCAUUCCGAAAGCUAUGUGAACGGAUUCAGCGCAAUGACGAGGCGUUGAAAUUGAUCAUUCUAAUUUUCGAUCCAGACAUUUAUGGCGAGGAGGAAUUUGCGGCUUUGAUCGCAGCACUGGAAAACAACAAGACUAUCGAAGUAGCUCGGUUUUCGUUUCGGGGGCUACUUCCUCCAACUCAGGUUCAGAAAUUGGGCAGCUUCUUUUGCCAUAACACCACCAUUGAGGAACUCUCUGUUCACGCAGUGGCCAACUCAAAACAUUGUGGCGAGGAAGGGGUCUCGGCUCUUGUCACUCAACUGAGUCACAACAAGAAGGCAUUGUGUGCCAAUUUGAAGUUUACAAAGUGUGCAUUUGAAACUGUGGAGGACAAACGCCUCGUCGCAUGGGCUCUGGGAGAGAGCGCAUCACUCGAGGGAUUUGUGCUUCUAGACAAAGAUGGGUUGGACAAAGAAACUGCUACCAUGUAUGGGCAUGCCAUUGCCGCAAACAAUGAUAUUGUGAGAGUGGCAUUCUACGGUUUGCAUGAAGAUGCAUUGCCCGUCAUCACACGGGCAAUGGACCAGAAUCAUUACUUGACCGCUGCAGUGGUCUCCGGGGAGAAGAUGGAAGGAGACAUGGCGCAGAAGUGUGAGAAAGAGGUUGCUCACUCCAUUGCAAUGAACAAGGCAGGCCGGUGCUUUCUUGAGGAUUCCAUUGAUCGUCCUCAUGACUCAAGCAUUGAAGAAUUCUGGUUGGCCGCAUUGGCCAAGCAUAUCAAUGAUCACCCUGUCGUGUAUUCUUGGAUUCUUGACUAUCCUGACAUUUUCCUUCGUGUAGUUGGCACUGGUGUACAGCAGGAGUCCAAGUGGAAGAGAAAGGCUGGCCUUGAUCACAAGCCUCCCACUAGCAAGAAGCCCAAGACCAUGGCGUGA